AUGGUGGCGGAUCAAUGUAUCAAGGAACCGUUACCAGAGUCUCAGAUAGAGACAACAAGCCGGGAACCAUCACGAUCAGUCCCCGUUGCGCCGCCGCCACAUGCCAACAGAACCCGGGAGCAUACUGCUGCUACCACAGAACGGCUGUACAGGCCUGGAUACAAGAACGCCGAGAAGCACGCCGACAGGAUCCUGAGGGCAGACUUCAUGAUGGCCUCAACCUCACCACACACAGCAGGACCUGGAAGUACGACCCGGCGAAGCAGCGACGACACAUCUGGAAAGCAAGAGCCGAGACGUUCUAAUUCAGCAAGUCCGGCGGCUGAGCACCUCUAUCCCACGAAUUUUCGGACCGUACCCGACACGGAAAGGAUUGAAUCAGCGGACAAAGAGGGUGUGCAACGGCUGUUCACAAAGCGCUCUGGAACGCGAACAGUCCAAACCGAUGCUUUCAGUCUCAAGUCGGCACGAAUGACGUUUUUCGAACCCCCAGUUCCAAACGUCCCCAAGUUUGUGGAAAAGGCUAUGGAAGAGUACAACCAGGCCAUGGCAGCAUACCGACUAAACCAACACAAACUGAACAAGACUACAGAAAAGUCAACAGGAAAGGACGCCACCACGGACUCCAUCACCCCAUCAACAGUUACGGAGGCCCCACUGCCAAUACCAAAACCUUCACCCUUCAUCCGCCAAUACAGCCUCCGCAACCUCCGCCACUACCCCGCAACCAUCGACGCCCCACACCCGCCCUACCGCGUCGUCUACGUGAUCUCCAAGAAGGUCGUUUCCAAGCUGGCAAUCCACAGAAACCUCUGCCGCAAGAAAUUGUCUGCGGCUGUCGAGGCUGUCUUUCGGGAGUACGCCCGCCCCGGCUACGAGUUCAUGUUCUUUGCAAAACAACAGUGUGUCACUACGUCGCAAAUGGAUCUGGAAAAGAUGUUGAUCAAAACCCUCAUGGAUCCCAACCUCUAUGCCGACACUGCCUCGCGGGACAAAGGUCGAUAUGCGACACCUGCGAGACCCUUUGGUCAAGUGGCAGCAACGACGGCAACAGCCACCUCUUCACUGCAGCCAUCACCAUCAACUACACAGGAUUCUGAGGUCGCGAAGAAGUCGGCUGUCAAGAUUCGUUGGAAGAACAACCAGCCGCCCCUCAAGUGGAACUGGUGGAAACACGCAUUACCAAACCCCUUGGGUCGAACUCGCCAACCCGAUGAAUACUUGGACAUGCACUGCCCGAAGCCUCCAGGAGACGAAAACACUGUUAACAGCGCUGAGCACGAGAACGCACCAUCAGCUGAGUCGAAGAAAUAA